AUGGUAACCACUCAUGAGGAUGAUUACGAUUAUUUGUACAAGGUCGUGUUGGUGGGUGAUGCAACCGUCGGAAAAACACAUUUGCUGUCGCGAUACAUCAAAGGAUCCUUGCCGAAAAACCCGACGGCAACGAUCGGUGUUGAAUUCGCAACCCGAACGGUGCCACUUGCCGUGGGCGGUACUGUCAAAGCACAGAUCUGGGACACCGCCGGACAAGAAAGGUACCGGGCAAUCACUAGCGCUCACUACCGGCGAGCUGUUGGCGCUUUGCUGGUCUACGAUAUAACCAGGGAAGGGACCUUCAAGAGCUGCACAAAAUGGAUGGAGGAGCUGCGACAAAGCGCAGAACCCGACAUCGUCAUUAUGCUUGUGGGCAACAAGGUUGACCUGGUAGAAAAGGACCCCUCGCUUCGGCAGGUCUAUUAUGAUGCGGCACAAGAGUUCGCGAAACUUCACGGCCUGAUCUUUGCAGAGGCCAGCGCCGUGACCGCCCACAACGUAAAGUAUGUGUUCGAGCAUCUCUUGCAGGAGAUCUAUGAACAGACCUCCAAGAGAAGAGAGCAUCAAAACAUGAACCAGAAUAUGGUUGGAGUCGGAGGCGGCAUACAGGUUGCUGCCAUCGGGCCAAAGACCGACAGUUGUGACAAUUCUUGCUAA